AAAGGUUUGCAUGCUGGGCGUUAAGGCAACAGCAUCUGGGAUGUCGUUGUUAUAGUAGCUAGCAUUGGGGCGGAGUCGACUCUUUCCAAGAUUGCAUGGACGGCACUAAAGCUCGGGCAUGUCGACCCACUCGCUGCUAAAGACCAAGCUAGAGCAGUCGUUGUUGGCGAUGCAAGACUUGAAAUGCUAUCAUUGGGUGGCGUCCGGGACUUUCUGCACAAAGAACACUGCCGCAGUCCACCAUUGCACAUACUCGAUCGGCCUUUGUUUACCAAAAUCGAGCAUGAUAGCUAUCGCAUUUGCCCGGGCCAGCGAUCAAUUAGAGCGUAAUCAUCGGUCAGAGUUUCCGUCUUGAGAUCGAUUGUUCUUUUUUCGCCCUAUAUAGUAACUUCGUUCCUGAAUGCAUUUUGACCAGAGUGGAACAUAUCGAUCGUUUAGGGAGAUGAAGUUCUAUUUUUGCAACCGAUUGGCAGGCAGCAGAAUUGGACGCUCCACUCCUGCGGGCCAGAGACAUGCGGGGAGUCCCGAGCGGGCGAGGAAGAGCCGACGUUAGUCUGACACUUGGAUCACCUUGGCGACAAGGAGUUGGAUAUGAGCUGGCAUGAUUAAGCCGAAUAGAAGAAGACUUCCGAGGCAAAAAGGUCGAGGCAUCAAAACAAAGAGAAUCUUUUGAGUUUGUUAAGGUUCACGAUUUGGAGGACCCCUGCUGAGUCAGCAAAUGAGCAAAUGCGGGGAACCCUCCAGCUUCAACUUUCUCAACUUUCUUCUCAACUUCCGUUCAACUUCCCCCUCAAGCAAAACAAGCCAAGGACCUUCAGGCAAAGGUGUGGGAUGAUGAUUCUACGAAUUGAUCUCUUAUCCAAAGCAUUGCCCCUGUGAGGUUAUGAGGACAUGAAAUGAGAGUGGGUAAAGGCUGUGAACGGUGUCGGUAUCGUCACAUCCGCUGUGUGAUUCCUCCGGGGGCCUCGUCCUGUGCGUCCUGUGAGCGCCAGAGACGAGUCUGUCAACUCGACCCACCGUUCCACUUCAAGACUGUUCACCAUGUUUAUCAGAAGAGCAAUGGUACAUCUGCACGUUUCGACCUAGAGUGGGACGAGGAUCAAGUCUGGAUAGAUACAUCUCAACCUGUGACGUUUGUACUUGAAGGCUGGGAUAAUGUCGAGGGAGAAGGCCCAGGGGAACAACUUGUUCCAGAGAACCCGACCGUGACCACGAGGAGACCAUUAUCGCCAGACUUUCCGUGGGAACCCCACCGCGAUGGGCUUCCAGACAGCCUCGCCGUGGAAAAUGCUACUCCUCAAUCGGCCCAAUCGCUUUUCAGUGAACUCGCCCCCCAACAGCAAAUUGCUAGAAGCUACGCUAUCUCCCCUCCGACGAUGGGCGGACCACCUGCCCUAUCACUCCGAGAAGCGUCUCUGAUGCGCCAUUUCAUUCAACGGAUAGCCCCAUGGGCAGACGUUUGCGACCCCCAGUGCCACUUUAGCACGGAGGUUCCCCGUCGGGCAUUACAGGUCCCCAUGCUUUUAAAAGCAGUCAUGGCUCUCGCAGCCCGGCACGACGCAAUUCUCAACAACCAGAGCGACUGGGAGGCCUCGGCAUAUCACGGCCAUUGUUUGGAACUGCUUAUCCCGGCGCUCGACUGGCCUGAACAGACCUAUGACGAGAACCUGCUGGUAACGGUAGUGCUGUUACGAAUAUACGAAGAGCUGGAAAACACCACCGACCCGCAGUUCCACCUCUUAGGAUCCAAUCGUCUGAUCAAUUUGAUGUCUCGGUCCGCAUCCUCGGGUGGACUAGCAGAGGCUGUUAGCUGGCAAUUUCUGCGACAGGCCAUCUACGCAUCCGUGGUGCAAUAUCAGCCAUUGCAGUUGGACUUGCAAAACUAUGAGCAGUCAUCCAUGUUUCAACGCACUGAUGAUGCUGCAUUUGCAAACAGGGUAAUUUUCCACUGUGCGGAUAUUCUCCGAAUCUGCCGCAAUGUGCCCCAGGAGCCCGUGGAUGAAGAUGCACGACUUCAAGUGGUUCACGCGGUGGAUGAAUGGCACCGGGUGAAACCAACCUCUUGGCAGCCACUCCGAUAUCAACCCGCGGAUGCCACAGUAAAUCGGCCAUUUCCUGAAAUAUGGAUGAUGUCGGCCCCAGUCGUUGUUGGGAUGCAGUAUUACCACGCUGCCUGUAUAUUCUUAACGUUCUCCGAGGGAUGUUCACGACCCAUGAGUGAUUACCAAAUGGCUCGCUCGCGGCGGAUGUCAGAGCGAACCAUCGCCAGUCAUAUUGUGAGCGUCAUUGGAUUAUCUCAAUCCAAUGAAAGUGUCCAAAAUGCCUAUUUUAUGGCAUGUCAUCUGCUUCAUCGAUUUGGCUAUUGUUUGAAGAAUGGGGCCGAGCAGCAAGGCUCAAUGGAAUUUCUCUCCCGCGUGGAGGAAGUCCUGGGCUGGCGCACUUCGUGGAUUAAGCGAGAGCUAGAACGCCAGUGGGCCGAACUUAGCCAAGUAGACAGCCCUGAUGGUUGAAGAAACUCGGUAGUAUUCUAUCGUAGCUAUGCAUCUCGAUCGGAAUUAUAUCGCCUUGUUGAUUUCUUUCUCAUGGAAGAUUCAGCCAACCUCGGCUUCUAGGUGGGCCAUACCCUAAAUAAAUGUUGAUAUUCUCUAUAUUCCAUGAUACUGAACCGCGAUCAACUCGAAUACCACAUAGGAAAUGGAUGGGAGCAAUCACUCGUAGAGAGGUCAGUCGUAGUCCUCGUGGGUUUCUGCGGCAAUCCGUCGGGUUUAUUCCACAUCUCCGACGUCCGGGCUUAUCACACAUCUCCGAUCCCGAGGUCGUCUGGCGUGUCAUCAAAUGCCGUGGCAAUCUGAUGGCUCUAGGUCACUUCUGGAAGUUCUCUCGGGUGAUAAUCGAUCCGGCCAAUGGAAUAACAGGAGGUGAACCGGCCUGGCAGGGUCUAUCGUUGCUGAUAAAUGCUCAGACUGAAUGUAUACUGCAUCUCAUUAGUUAUUGCACUCCAAUCUCGAUCCUAUUCCGUAUUCAAUAGGAUGCUGAUUC